UGUUUCGCAAGUCAAUAAUAUCUGGCUAGCGUUGGACAUAUCGUAACACUUGAAGUUGAUCAACCAUGUCAGUGAAAUCAUGUUGUAUUUACAGCAUGGGAGUGAUUUCCAUGCUAACUUUGAUAGCGGGCAUAGUUCUGGUGCUUUCGCAGGUGUUUCAAAACAUCGUCGACGCGAAGAUAAAAGAGGAGACUGUGCUCAGGAAUGGCACGCUGGCAUUUGACGUGUGGGAAAACCCACCUUCUCCAGUUUACAUGCAGUUCUACUUCUUCAACGUGACCAACCCGGCAGAGGUGCUGAGGGGAGAGCGGCCUGCCGUUAUGGAGGUUGGACCCUACACAUACAGGGAGUUUCGUCCGAUGGAGCGAGUUAAUUUCCUGGAGAAUGGAACCAAAGUGUCUGCUGUCAACACUAAGACCUAUGUGUUUGAGCCUGACAUGUCCAGAGGUCCAGAGAGUGACCUGAUCAGAACAGUCAACAUCCCAGCUAUGACGGUGAUGGAAAAAUUCAAGGAUUCGCCGUUUAUGGCCAAUAUCAUCUCAUCUUACAUGAAGUCGGUCAAUGAAGAUCUAUUCACUACACACGCUGUGGGAGAACUGCUUUGGGGCUACGAGGACGGCCUUCUCAAAGCUCUGAAAUUACUGCAGCCUACAUUAGAUGAUGUGUUUGGACUCUUCUACAAGCAAAAUGCUACAGAUGAUGGCGACUAUGUGUUUCUGACCGGUCAACAGAGUUACAAGGACUUUGCCAUUAUAGAUCAGUGGAAGGGUCAAAGCUCUCUGAAUUGGUGGACCACAGAUGAGUGUAACAUGAUCAAUGGAACCAAUGGGGCCUCCUUUCAUCCAAUCAUCACCAAGAACGAGACCCUCUACAUGUUUUCCUCUGACCUCUGCAGAUCUAUCUAUGCCAUCUAUGAGGAGGAGAGCAUUGUGAUGGGUGUCCCAGCUUACAGGUUCUCUCCACCCAGCAAUGUGUUUGCCAACACAACAGAGAACGCUGGCUUCUGUUCCCCAGCAGGGAACUGUCUGGGCUCUGGCGUGCUCCAAGUCAGUGCCUGCAAACAAGAUGCUCCGAUUGUCAUGUCUUCUCCACACUUCUACCAGGCAGAUGAGAAGUUUGUCAAAGACGUCUUCGGCAUGAAACCUAACAAGAAGCAACACGAGACCAUCAUCGAUAUCAACCCGCUUACAGGCAUCGUACUUCAGGCUGCUAAGAGACUUCAAGUGAACGUGUUCGUUGAGAAGAUUCCUGUGUUUAGCCAAACAGGUGACGUCAGGACUCUGGUGUUUCCUGUGCUGUACCUCAAUGAGAGUGUUGUGAUCGAUGAGGUAUCGGCCAAACAGCUGCAGGUGAUCGUGGCGGAGGGCAACGUAGUGGUCAACAUACCUUUUAUGCUGAUUGGCUUCGGCAUCCUCCUGGGCGUGGUCUUCAUGGUGCUCCAGUGUCGUCAAAGGAUCCCAGAGAGCUCUUCUGACGAACGCCAGCCCCUUCUGAAGUCCUAGUCCCACAAGAAGUAGAAUCCGCUCCACAGGAAGUGCGAUCCUGGGAGGACAGGAUUAGAAUUGCCAUCCAUGUUUUGUUAACUGUAUCAAGGGUUCUGACUGCACACUGUUUCCACUUCACCAGAUUGAAUCAUCUUCUACCCUGUAACCGUAACCUCACUGUUAACUACUGUAAGGCUAGAUCAGGAACCGGAUUGAGAAUGUUUUUGUCUUUUAAAAUGAAUAGUUUAAAUACUUUCAUAAAUCUGACAUAUUUUAAUCUGUUUUUCUUUUAUUUGUUUUUUAAUCCAACAGUUUAUUUUUAUUUUUUAACAUGAGUUACAAGGAAGCUGACUGUACUUUUAUUUAAUAUUUUUGUUGCUUUUAAAUGUUGUGUUUUGGGGUCACCCAGAGAGAUGUAACACUGAUUAGUAGGGAAUGAGAGAGGAUAGAAGCUCAGGCAGAUUGCCAAGAUCAUUUUACAUUUCAGUCAUUUAGCAGACGCUCUUAUCCAGAGCGACUUACAGUUAGUGAGUGCAUACAUAUUUUUU